AUGGCGUCAAGAAUUCUGUCUGCCCUUGCUUUGGUGUUUUUGAUACCUCAGCUCACGACAGCAACUUCAUUUGAGUACUUUCGAAGCGUCUUCUGCGACGCACAAAGUCCCGACUUCCUCAUCGAGAGUUAUAUCUCACCAUUGCCCUUGGCUAAUGACAAACUAUGCCACCAGACACCUGCUGAGACGAUGGGCAUAAAACUGAAGGAUGGAGUGAAAGGCUGUGUUGUCCUUGCAUACAAUGACUAUGGCUGCUCGAGCUUGGUAGGCUCGAUUCCCAGUUCCGGCAAGUGUGUCGCGUCAACUAAAGCUCGCAUCGGAUCAUGGCAAGCAGUCUGCAAUAGCACUAUUGUAAGCGCCGAUGACAAAGCUACCAUCCAGACUUUCGCACCAGGUGAACUCAAAAGACGAGGAAAACUGCGCUUGCCUGCUAUCCGAGACGAAGUCAACCACACUAGCAGCAUUACUCUUACGAACGAGAACAAUGUAGCCACUGCCUCGUCUAUCGUCAGUGAGAUAUCAUCAGGUAUCUCUGCUUCCGCUACUAUUGAGGUUGCCGCUGGCGUUACAUCUUUACCUUCGGCAGGUGCAGCUUUGAGCUCUGCCAUCAGCUCCGGAGCAGGCAUCAGCUACAACCUGACUUCGUAUGUCACUGAUACUGCUACUGCCAAUACUUCAGCAUCAGUCACAGGGGGCGGUAAUGGUACUUACACACCACCAAGCAUGACAACCGCUCUGAGCCCUACUGUCACUGCCACCUACAGCGGCAAAACGAAUGGCAACGGUACAGCACAACUCCACAUGGGUCAAGCAUCAUCUACCUUUGAUAGCAGCAAGUCCCUGGCCACUGUCUACACUGGACUUCUUGUGGUCUUUGGCUUCAUGGUAAUGCUUUAA